GUAAAGACUCGACUCGACACUCGCCGGUUGAAUGACACGAAACGAUCGAACGAACUUUAUAUUAUUAGAAAACAAUUAAAACAUAUUUAAUUAGUUUAUUCGUGUAUGUGAUGUGACACUGUUAUAAUAUCGAAGUGUGGAAUUGAUUUAGAAGCCAGUUCGUAUUCACAUGUGAUAGACCCCUGACUGUUUACUUGGAAGUGAUUCUUUAAUAUUUUUCUGAGAACAAUAUAGAUCGGGCCAAUGUCACAAUGCAGGCCGCCAGGGACGCCGGCCGACAGAAGAGAAAUCUGAAGAGAAGGAGCUCCAGGAAGAAGUCACUGUCACCGUCAGACCUUAGAUGUGUCCGAGGGGAUGUGAAGAACGACAAAAUGAACGGCAAGAGGUCGCUCUCAGAGGGCUCCUUGAAAAAUAGGCACAAAAAAGCCGCGCUGCCGACAUAUCCUAUACCUGGAAGUGAUUUCGAAGUGUCUCUAGAUUUGACCACCGAUCCGAAGGGUCCUACCGAGAGCGACGAGUCUAACAUACCGCCGACCAGUUCCGACAGAGACACCGAGGACGACAUCAAAGCCCCCAAGAUUGUCCCUCACCGCCCUCGCUGGGACUCCGCCAGCGACAUGGACUCGCUCGUCUCCAUCGCCGUCAAGAAAGCAGCUCGUAGGCGAAAAACCUCCUCUAACCUCGAUUCUUGUAUCAACGGCGAAGGUGAAGUGAUUGAAGCUGAGGCCGGUCGCAUGCGUCCCGAGGACUACCGGCUCGUGUUCCUCAGCUCGGACUCGUCUGGUCGGGACGACACCGAGGACUCGGCUUCCACCGCCUCGUCUGCCGCCCCUCCCGCGCCCGACGACUGCGACUGGGACUACUUCGAGCCGGGCGCUCCGCCGCCGCCUGCGCCGCCUCCCCCUGUCACCACACACCACCCCCCCACCUGCUCGUGCGGCGCCGAGCCCCGCCUAGUGCCGGUGCCCGUUCCUGUCCCUGUGCCAGUGCCGGCGUCGUUGUGGCCCGCUCUCCUCGCCUUCCCCCCUCCGCCGACCCCCGCCUGGAGUACGUACCCCGGCUUCCCUAUCGAUGCGGCGACCCUCGCUCGCCUCACGACGGCCGCGGUGGUCACCGCCGCCGCCACCGCUCGGAACAAACUAGAAAUGACCGUCGAUAAGACGGAUAAGGCGAUACAGGCGUCCGCCGAUAAGGAUAAGGAUGAUAAGUGUAUCGAGCGAGCAGUCGGACCCGAGCCGUCGGACGAGAUAAAGGUGAUCGCCGAGGACUCUGUGUCCGUGAUGUCCGAAGCGGAGACGAUGCCGGAGCACCUGCUGGCGGAGAACGCGUUCCCCUCCUCGGACGAGUCCAACUCGAGCGACUCCGAGGCGGGGGCGGAGCGCCGCAGCUACGACCUUCACAGCGGCGCCCCGGACGAGCCCGCCACCAGCGACGAGGACUCCGACGACUCCGGGGGAGGCGGACAGUUCUCACGAGUAUUCGUCGUCAACCCCGCGGACUCCUCCUCGGACGAGGACGCAGACAGCAGCGGCAUCGACUGCGACGACUCCUUCGACAAGAAGUCCGACAGCCUGGAGAUCAUAGCGGCGGAACUCGCCGCGCAACACGACGACCACGAACCCGAGUCUAAUCGACGCCCGCGCGAUGAUGAGAACAUCGUUGUUUUGGAAGCCGUGAAUUAUACGGAGAAAUAUCCUAUGAUUUCCUUAUGCAAUAACAGUGACGAUGGUGGUGAAAGUGUAGCUAAAAAUGAUAGUAUUAUGACGUUCUGUGACGACAACAUGCUACAGAGUGAAAUUAGUGAGAAGUUCAAUAGCUUUAAUACGGUCAGUGAUGAACGCGAAAAUAGUUUAAAUUAUGCGAGUAACGUGGAGAAUAACCGAAGUAGUGGUGCCUCCGAUAACAUAGAGUGCGACUCCUUGGACAACUCCUUCAGCUCCGAUUAUAAUAUUAAAGUGUCCGUGUCCGUCGAGUCCGACAAGCCUUACGACGACGAGAGUUCAAACACAAACCAAACACAGUCAGUGGAAUUGAGAAAACUAUCACCUUCACCCGAACUCGGAAGUGAGGAAACGAGUUUGCGAACCUUAUCGUCAGCUCCCGCAGAUAAAAUAGACCUGUUCAAAGGUAUCGAACGCACGCUCAGUGAGUUGUUGAAGAAAGAAUUAAUGGGAGACCAGGGGGAGGAGAAAACGCAGGGGACGGGCGGCGCGGAGGGGAGCGCCGGCGCACCUGACGCCGACACAGUCAGCCGCCCGCCGUCGACCGACGCGGACCUCGCGCGAUUCACGAGCCGCGUUAUGAUAACGCACGACCGCGUCUCCGUCGUCACGUCCGACACGACGCGGCUCAUGCGUGACAUUAUAGUGCACCACACUAACUCUCAGAGCGAGCCGGACCCGAGCGUGGCCGGGCUUCACGGGAGCGAGCGGUCCGACGACGAGGCUCAGCAACCUUCGGGUGGAGUGACUGUCGUUAGCAACGCAGACACUCUCUCGGCGGUCGUGUGUCUCGAGGAGGGGCUCGCGGACGACGACUCGUGGGUCGAGGACGUCAGCCACGAUGACGCUACAUCACCGUCGGACUCGGAGUCGGGGGAUGAAGCCACUUUGCCCACUCGAGCCGAUUUCGCGUAUUGCCGGCGCUCCUUGGACUUCACCCUACAUACGAUCGUCGAAGAGAGCUGCGAAGAGAGUGAGACGGAGAAAACCGUUAAAAAGACUAGACCUAUAUCGGCUACCGAAUUGGAGAAGUACUUUUUCUUCGGGCUAGGUGACGGAACGACCACUCGCGAGGAUGAAGAACAAGUGUCCGAGACGUCCAGCGUGUGCAGUGAAGGUGGUGAGUCGACUGUGGACAUGGAACAACAGACCAGUAGGAAAAGUGGUGAUAGUGAUGAGCUUGUGUCCUCUCGAUUAGAGAAAUACUUUCUCUCUGGCUUUAUGGGUUUCAAUCAAGAGAGACGUGAUUCUGAUGGAUCAGGAAGCGUCGGCAGUGACAGUGAGGGGAAACAGAGUCCCGAACAGAGACGAAAAAGAUUGGUUCGGGCUCGGGGCGCCCCCAGAUCACAUUCGUCUUCGUUGGACAACUUACUGGCGGGCGAUGAACCCUCUCAAGACACUCAGGAAAUAUCGGACGGAUCGAGCACCGAGACAGAGGAUCGUCACGAAUCUCUCGAAAGGCUCGACAUGACGGGUGAAGUUAAGAGGAAAAAACAAAGUAAAAAGUCGCGCGGCUCGCCCGCUGACGAACGGCGACAGUCCGUGGAAUUCCCUGAAGAGACCAGGGAUGACACGAGAUCCGUGUCUGAAGGCGAAGACGGCAGACUGACACCGAGAGUAGAAUUCCCACCUCUAGGUUCCGAACUGUCGGAAUCUAAAAAACAAACGAGUAGAGAUAGCGGUUUCGUCGGUAGUUGUGAUGAUUUGUUAAAGAACGGCGACAACGGCGUAGAUUUCCCCAGAUCUCAUGAACCUAAAACAGAGUUGGAGGAAAUCAUUGAGGAAGCUCGACCGGAGCUGGACGAGAGGAUCGACCGUCCGCCGUCAUCGCGACCCCCGCCGAGCCCACUGACGCGUAAAGAUAGCUUUAAUAACUGGUCCUCCGACGAGGAAACUAAUCUCAUGAUGACAAAAAUGCGUCAAUUUUUCAAACAAAUGAUAAACACGACCAACGUCAGGGCGUCGACCCCGGCCUCAUCCAACUCGGAAAGCUCACGCCCACCGAAACCACCACAACUACUUUAUUUCGAGAGCGAGUUGACGAGAUUAAUGAAAACUGUACCCGGAAUAAGGGACGAGGAAGUCAGGGAAAUCGUAGAAUACUUAUCAAGCGAGGAUACGUGGAGCGACUCUUAUGACUCGUCGGACUACGCGGGCUCCGAUCUCGAAGGCACCUCCGCCAACAGAUCGGCGUUAAGAAAGCAAAUAUCCGACAGCUGUCGCGAGAUAAUAGACGAGUUCGACCGAGGAAACAGUGAGGCGGGGUCCUUAGAGCGGGACGCUGUCGGCGCGUAUCAAAGACUCGCCGCGACUUUGGGUCGCGCCGGGGACGGGUCGCCGCCUCUGUUCGGGAAGGUGAUGCGGCACAUCGGAGGCAGACUCGUGGCGUUGAUGCACGAGGUGUCAGCGGGGGCGCCACCCAGCACCGACGAAGACAGCGCCUCCGAGCCCGGAGCUUUAGCCAGGAGUCGCUCGCACGACAUCUUAGAGGCGGCGGCGAGUCGCGGGAGUGUCGCCAGUGACAGUGAGAGGUUUUCGUGGAGAGGAAGUUUUGAAUCUGCUCUACUGGCGGCGGAUUCCAGGGGCACAUUGGGGGGCGAAGCCCGACGCUCGCCGGCGGGGGCUGAGCUGGCGGCUCAAAAGUCCCAUUCCAGAAGUUGCGGUGCCAUCAGCGGGAGCGAAGACAGGCUGUGGAGAGGACGGAGGAGAGCCUCGGCGCCAGACGCAGAGUCGGAGGAAGAACAACGCGCAGGUUCGUUGCCUCGGCUUCCUUCUAUCGCGGGGGUGGGCCCCGUCAAGUCCGCUCGUUACCGGGCCCCGGGGUUCAGGACCGCGACCCGCGCAGCCUCCGCUCCCGGACUCCACGUGCCGAGGAGACGAAGGCCUGGACCUCACGCACACACGCCCUCCACACCAAGCCUCCAAGAUGACAUGUACAUAUCUGAAGGUGUGUCCGGACAUGCUACUUUACCCCGUCGGUCUAAUUCGCCUGUGCCGCAUGAACGAGACGUGGACCGGGAACGGUUUCCUCUCAACAGGAGUGGUCUCCAGACUCGGUCUGAGUCUAUGGCAUCAGUAUACUCCGGUGCGGGAGAGGCAGGACGCGGCGGUGUGCCGGUGCGAGGGGAAGUUCAGUUCUCGCUGGUGUACAACUACCGGCUGGGCGCUCUGGAGGUGGGAGUCAAGAGAUGCAGGGACCUCGCGCCCAUCGACCAGAAGAAAAACAGAUCGGAUCCUUAUGUUAAGGUGUACUUGUUGCCCGACAAGUCCAAGACUGGCAAAAGGAAGACGAAGGUAAAGAAGAACACACUGAACCCCGUGUUCGAGGAGACCCUGUCGUUCACGGCUCCGCUGGAGUCCCUCGCGAGCCGCGCGCUUUGGCUGAGCGCUUGGCACGCUGACAUGUUCGGAAGAAACGACUUCCUCGGGGAGGUGACCCUGCCGCUCGCUGGCAGACUGUUCGACGAUCCCUCGCCCGCGUGGUACCCGCUCACCGAGAGGUCGGAGCUGCCGGAGGAGGCGGCCGGUACUCGCGGGGACCUCAUCGUGGGUCUCAAGCUGGAGCCGGAAGCUCGCGCCCUGCACGUGCUGGUGAAGGAGGCGCGCGGGCUGGUUCCGUCCAGGGCCGGGUCGCUGGCGGACGUGUUCUGCAAGGCCUACCUCCUGCCCGAGAGAGGAAGACUGCACAAGCGGAAGACGCCCGUCUGCCGCCGCACGCUCGCGCCCGUCUGGCGGACGCAGCUGACUUACAAUGACGUCACAUCCGCCACGCUCAGCGAGCGAGCGCUGGAACUCACGCUGUGGGACCGGGACCGGCUCGCGUCCAACGAGUUCCUCGGAGCCGUGAGGCUGUCGCUCGGGACGGGCGUUCACAGAGGAGAGAGCGUUAGCUGGAUGGAUAGCGCGGGCAAGGAAGUCGCUCUGUGGCAGACCAUGUUGCAGCAGCCCAAUUUCUGGGUGGAAGGGUCAUUGCCCUUGCGACCCCACCUUAAUAACUGAACUCCGUAUCUCCACAUCAACAUCAACGGCCGUCACGUCGGUGUCGGCCACACAAUACUCUUUAGUGUUAAGGAUCUGUCCGUGUUUUCUUUAGCGGUAACGGUGCCAAUGCGAUUGUAACUUACUCUUAUAGCGUGUUAAUAUGAGAUAUACUUAUAGUAUGAAUGUUUUCUGUUCCGCGUGUUGUAAUGUUUUCCUCAUCAUUCUCAUCCCUCGUCGCGAUCUUCUCUAAGCCUCGUACCUACUGACAGUAACAUCUAUCUCUAGCUGCCUACUAGUUAAGUUAGUUAUAUUUAAGUUACGCAUUUAAUGUAGUAUUAUGUACAAAUCGUGUCGUGGUGAGCGCGCUCCGUGCUCAUGGGAAAUGUGAUCGUUACGUUAAGCGAGUUAGAGCGGUAGGUGAAUAUUUUUUCAUAUCCUUAUUCUUGUAUAUCUGAAUACAAACGUCCACAGUGUGUCGGUCGCCGUCAGCGUCUGUGGGUGUAUGGGUGUGUGGAUGUGUGGAUGUGUGGGUGUGUGGGUGUGAGGGUGUGUGGGUGUGGCGUAUCAUUUUGUUAUAAAUGUCUUUUAUAAAUACAUAGCUGUAAGUGAAGGAAAUAAAUGAUAUGAACGAUGUUUAAUAUUUUAUUA